GGCGGAGCAGAGAAGCAAAAGCGUGGAAGGUUACAAAGCCUUUCAAAAAAACUCUCACUCUCUCCACCUUAUCCUUCUCGUUUCCCUCUUCCUCCUCCUCCUCUCCGGCGAGUAUCGGAAAUGGCGUCGACGGUGGGAGUUCCAUCUCUAUACCAGGUUCCUCACCUUGAAAUCUCUAAACCCAAUUCAAAGAAGAGGUCUGGUUGCUUAGCUCUCUCUCUGGAUAAGCCUUUCUUCUCACCCAUCUCUCUCCGAAGAACUCGUCUUAUCCACUCCUCUUCCUCUUCCUCCUCGCUUCUUAUUCCCUCCGCCGUCGCAACUCCCAAUUCCAGGGCUGUGCUGGUUCCUGCACUGCAAGGACGAGACAUCAUUGCUCGUGCAAAGACAGGAACUGGGAAGACUUUAGCUUUCGGUAUCCCUAUCAUCAAACGGCUCACUGAACAAUCUGGAGACUACUCUGCUUUCAGGAGAGCUGGUCGUCUUCCUAAAUUCCUUGUCCUUGCGCCAACCCGGGAACUGGCUAAGCAAGUGGAGAAGGAGAUUAAGGAGUCUGCGCCUUAUCUGAGCACUGUCUGUGUGUAUGGUGGUGUUUCUUAUACCAUUCAGCAGAGUGCUCUGACUCGUGGUGUCGAUGUUGUUGUCGGAACUCCUGGAAGGAUCAUUGAUUUGAUCGAAGGAAGGAGCCUCAAGUUGGGUGAAGUUGAGUAUCUGGUGCUUGAUGAAGCUGAUCAGAUGCUUGCUGUUGGGUUUGAGGAGGCCGUGGAAUCGAUUCUUGAGAAUCUCCCACAGAAGAGACAAAGCAUGCUUUUCUCAGCGACUAUGCCUACUUGGGUCAAGAAGUUGGCGAGGAAGUACCUUGACAACCCCUUGAAUAUCGAUUUGGUUGGAGACCGAGAUGAGAAGCUCGCGGAAGGGAUCAAACUCUAUGCAAUCACAGCCACAUCGACAUCAAAACGCACUAUUCUAAGCGACCUUAUAACAGUGUACGCCAGGGGUGGCAAAACCAUUGUUUUCACCCAAACAAAAAGAGAUGCAGACGAGGUCUCUCUUGCUCUGUCAAACAGUAUAGCUACCGAAGCACUUCAUGGAGAUAUAUCGCAGCAUCAGAGAGAGAGAACACUCAAUGGUUUCCGCCAAGGGAAGUUCACAGUUCUAGUUGCCACUGAUGUUGCAUCUCGUGGACUUGACAUCCCGAACGUUGAUCUAGUUAUCCACUACGAACUUCCUAAUGACCCAGAGACUUUUGUGCACCGUUCUGGUCGUACUGGGCGUGCAGGGAAAGAAGGCUCUGCCAUUCUCAUGCACAGCAACAGCCAAAAGAGAACAGUGAGGUCUCUGGAGCGUGACGUAGGCUGCAGAUUUGAGUUUAUUAGCCCACCAACGGUUGGAGACUUGCUGGAAGCGUCAGCAGACCAAUUGGUGGCCACUCUUAACGGUGUUCACCCUGAGUCUAUCAAGUUUUUCUCAGCAACUGCUCAGAAACUAUUUGAGGAGAAAGGAACGGAUGCUUUAGCUGCAGCACUAGCUCACCUGAGCGGUUUCUCCCAGCCACCUUCAUCAAGAUCUCUCCUCAGUCAUGAGCAGGGAUGGGUGACGUUGCAAUUGAUACGAGAUCCAACAAACUCUAGAGGCUUCCUGUCUGCGAGGUCUGUCACUGGUUUUCUUUCCGAUGUUUACCGUCCAGCAGCCGAUCAAGUUGGAAAAAUCUUCUUGAUCGCAGAUGACAGGGUGCAAGGAGCUGUUUUUGAUCUACCAGAGGACAUCGCGAAAGAAUUGCUAGAGAAAGAAGUGCCAGAAGGAAACAGUUUGUCCAUGAUAGCAAAGUUGCCUCCGCUGCAAGAUGAUGGACCGUCUAGUGAUAACUAUGGACGGUUCUCUAGCAGAGACAGGAUGCCUAGAGGAGGAGGUUCUAGAGGGUCAAGAUCUGGCGGUAGAGGAGGAUCAUCACGUCGUGAUAGUUGGGGAGGUGAUGAUGACAGAAGAAGUAGAAGCAGCGGUGGCGGAGGAAGCAGCUGGUCCCGUGGUGGUGGUGGUGGUGGUUCCAGAGGAAGUUCUGAUGAUUGGUUGAUUGGCGGCGGUAGUGACAGAAGAUCAUCAAGCAGCAGAGGUGGUCCUUCUCGGGAGAGGAGUUUUGGAGGUGCUUGCUUCAACUGUGGGAGUUCAGGGCACAGGGCAUCAGAUUGUCCUGACAAGAGAGGAUUCUAA